AUCAAGACGAAGUCAACGUCCAGUAAUACCAGUGAAUACUCGUAAACUCGCAGCAGACGAAGACGACUACAAUCGGAAUAUUGACGCUAACGCGCGCUGUGCCAACACAUUUGCACUGUUGAAAAAUCUGCUAAACGCAUUUUUUUCGAUAAGCCUAAAAGUAUACAAGGUAUUUAGGAAAAGUGCAAACUGCUGGUUUUGAAGUGAGAACUACACGUGUGAAAGUGCGGAAAUACACAAAUUUAAAAUUUUAAACAUUAAUUAAAUGCGCAAGUCGAACACCUACCGCUUACUACGCAAAAAUAAUUAGACAGUGAAAAAUUAAACAUCAACUCAAUUGGAGGGUACAGCAUAAGUAAUAUUAUAAAAUACAAAAAAAAAAACAGUUUUUGAAAUAAUAACAAAGUUUGAGCGUAAAAUUUGAUAUAUUUUUUUUGGUUAAACAAAAAACAAAAAAAUACCCACCAACUUGGCUUACUCACAAAGUCAUUGAAAGAGUUGGCGAGGAAUAAGCGACGAAGCCUAUAGUAAAAAGUGUGAUUCAUACAAUCCUUGCUACCUGCAGGCAUCGCGUAACCGCAAGCGUGCGCGCCACAACCCACCCUCACCGAUAAUAACAGAACCAACAGAAAACAUCUGUACCACCACCAAGUACACAGCAUAUACAUAUUUCGAAAGUACACGUUAGAGCGCAUAGAACUCGUCUGGGAAUAGCAGCUCAACAACACACCGUAGGUAAAUACGAUAUCAACAUCGACGACGACGACUUCGGAAAUCGCGAAGACAAUUCUCUUCGAUUCACCGUCUAAUAAUUACAGCUGCUUGUUUAUUCGUGCAGCCAUAUUGGAAAAAUCGAUUCCGUUCAUCGAAUAUUUCAAACGCAAAGCGCCUUAACACAAUCAAGCUCAGAAAAAUAAUAAAACAGUUAUUUGUGAUUUACCAAAAAAGACAAAUAUUGCCUAAACACUUUGUGCGCAAAUGUAGGUGUGCUUGGAUUUCUUAUAGAUUACGGUAAAAAUUCCAAUUUGCGUUAUUCAACAACGUCAGAACGCUUGUGGUGAACACUCAGCACAACAACAACUACAACUAAGAAUCGAAUAAGCAUUAACAGAUUUGUUGCAACCAAGAUGGGCGACGAGUACAGCCCAGAUGUGAGCUCCAUGGAGACAAUAAUUCCAGCGAUUUUGGGUUUUGCUGCCGCUGCAGCGCUCUCAGCUGUGGUGUAUAUUUGCGCUAAGCGAAUACGUGUACGCAACCGUAAGCAGAAUCAACAUGACGCAUCAUUUCCCUUUCAGCCAACACGGCGCCCGACUGCUGUGCGCUCGCCAAGUGGCCAACCACCACACUAUCUAAAAAAAUCACCAUCCCCUACUGGCACCAAGCAACUGGGCAUUUUGCAACCAAUGCAAGAUCAGACCACUUCCCCGAUUGCACCGCAAACCAUGAAAUAUGUGGAGGAAGAUGAGAUACAACCAACCCGACACAAUCGCCAGCUAAUGAACGGCGAACAGAAGCAUUCCCCUACCAUUGAGACACACGCCAACGUCGUUGGUCAGACCACAGGAGGUAAUGGCAACAAUAACGGCCAUCAUCACUAUCAUCACCAUCAUUUGAAUGCAAUGGAAGACAUAGCCAAGGAGUUGACUAUCGAUCAGUAUGGAAAAUUGGGCACGAUUUACUUUAAGCUACGCUAUUUGGCCGAACGCAAUGCCCUGAUGGUGUCGAUUAUACGUUGUCGCGGCUUACCCUGUAAGAGUGGUGGUGGCAGUUCUGGUACCGGUACCGGCACUGGUGGUGAUGGUGGCAGUAACAGCAACAGCAACAAAAACGGUUCAAACGGUUCUAAUGACAUACCGACUGGCUUGAAUGGACGCACUCAAACUGCCACCGAUCCGUAUGUAAAACUUCAACUUUUGCCCGACAAACAACAUAAGGUAAAGACUCGCGUUGUACGCAAUACACGCAAUCCAGUAUACGAUGAGGAUUUCACAUUUUACGGCUUGAACAUUAGCGAUCUACAGAACAUGUCUUUGCACUUUGUUAUACUCAGCUUCGAUCGUUAUUCGCGUGAUGAUGUCAUUGGCGAGGUAGUCUGCCCAUUAUCAUCUAUUGAAAUCGGUGACAUCUCCAAGGAGGCGCUCUCCAUUAGCAAGGAAAUACAGCCACGCAGUUUAAAGAUUCGUGCUCAGGGACGUGGCGAAUUGUUGAUUUCACUUUGCUGGCAACCAGCUGCCGGUCGUUUGACUGUUGUCCUAUUGAAGGCCCGCAAUUUGCCCCGCAUGGACGUAACCGGUUUAGCCGAUCCAUACGUAAAGAUCUAUUUGCUGUAUAAUGGACAACGUAUUGCGAAGAAAAAGACUCACGUCAAGAAGCGCACACUGAGUCCUGUAUUUAAUGAAAGUUUCGCGUUCGACAUACCGGCUGCAGAGGGUAUCGGCGCCACACUCGACGGUGUUUCACUGGAGUUGAUGCUCUUGGACUGGGAUCGAGUUACCAAGAAUGAGGUAAUUGGUCGUUUGGAACUUGGCGGUCCAAACUCUGGUGGCACAGCGCUAAACCAUUGGAAUGAAGUGUGCAAUUCACCAAGAAGACAAAUUGCCGAAUGGCACAAGCUCAACGAGUAAGAUGCUAAGAAGUUACAGUAAAAUAAUAUGAAAAGCGGAGAAAAAAAAUAGACGAAAACUAUUUUCAGUUAGAAAGGUAUAUCUGCUGUGGGCACAGAUUUUGUACUGAAAAUAUAAAACCUGCUAAAUUAUGUUAAAGUAAUGCAAAACCACUUAGGCAUAUGUGCAAACUUAUACAAUACAUACGUAAGCAAACAUAUGUUUGUAUGCUAAUCGUGUGCAAAACAGUUUGAACCAAAUGAUAUUCAUAAUUCCAAAUACUAAUGAAAGCUCAAUAUUGCAACUUAUAAAACAGCUUUCGAAUAUAUAAGAGCAACAACAUACUCACCUAUAACUGUAAUAUAAGCAUAGAGCUGUAUGUAUUAUCAACGCAGUUCCAAGUGUGGAGAGAUCACAUACACACACACACACAAUCAAAUGUUGAAUUUACAAAAACACAUUAAAAACACACACACACAUUAAUAAAAUUUAACAGAGAAACCCACAAUUACAGUAAAAGUGUGUGAAUUCGUUAGCAAGCGAUUUCAAUUAGUAGACCAAUUUUAUGUAGUUUUACGGUUAUAUGAAAACGAAAGGAGUUCUUUUGGAUUCAUGCGUGCUUUUUACGUUUUACAAAAGUUUUGCUUCUACGCUUUGCCUUUAAUUUUAAACUAAAAUGUCUGCUUUAAUUUAAAGUCCCUUAACUGCUCAACAGGUAAACUUUUUUGUAUAUAAUUUAUUUGGAUUUUAAGAGUUUCGCAUAGAAAACACCAAAUUAUAUUCAAAAUAUGUACAAUAUGUUUGUAUAAAAAAUAAACAUAUGUAUGAACCAAUGCAGACCGUAAGAAAUAAUUUCUAAAACAUAAUACUCAAUUAUAUAAAGACAGUGAGGAGAGGCGUGGCGUUGCUACGCAGUUGUAGUUACAAAACAGUUUUUGUGCAUUUUCAACACAUAAAAUAAAUUUUAUAAGACUUAAGUUGACUUAACAGUUGUGCAAAACCAAAAAUAUCGUAAGCUAUACAAAACUUGUUAAAAUAAUUAUUUCGUCAGUAAUCUCACAUAAAAGCUUUUUUGUUAAGUUACAACAGGUAGUUGCUCAUUAAAUAUAACCGUAAUAUUGUAAGACCAGAAGAGAUAAAAUAAAAAUGUGGAAGCUCAAAACCUGCACAAUUAAUUCUAUAAUGUAAAAUCUAUAGUCUUCUCAACCUAUAAGCUACUGUAAGCCAAUGUCCAACCAACGUCAAUACAGAAUUACUUCAGAAGAACACCGUGAAAUAAGUAGGCUUUGUAACAUUAUAUUUUUUCGAAAACACAUACAUACAUGAAUGUUUAAUACAUGAUCGUUUUUAAAGUAGUUAUGCACAUGCAUAUAUAAAUUCAUAUGUGUGUGUGCAGACUAGUUGGAAAAUGUAGCAUUUUUCAACUGAAAAACCAAAAAUCCGAUUCUUAAAAAAUACACACACAUACAUAUACACACAUGUGUUGGUAUAAAGAAAUAUGAUAAGCUUAAAAUGUAGCUUUAAUAGCUGUGAGUGUGCAAAACCGCAACAGAUACCGAACCGUAAGCAGUACAAUAAAUGCUAUAUACUAUGUUAAAUAACAAUCGUACGCAUGUAUAUACAUACAUAUGUACGUGUGUACUUGGUAGAUUUAUUUGUACAAAGCUGGAAUAUGUAUGCACAUAUAUAAGUUCUAAAACAUUUAAAAAAUAUACUCAACAAUACUGAAGAGUUUAAAUAUAAAUAAUAAAAAAUUCAUAAAAUGUAAUGCAAUAAUAUUGAAAGAUAUUAAAUAAAAUUGGCUAUUUCAUUAAAUGCAAUAAACAAAUGAAAAAUAAUUCAGCACAGUGAAAUUAAAGUAAAAGGCAUGAAGCUGAACAAAAACUUAUGAAAUUAAUAAAUUCGUCAAGUAAUAUGAAUCACUAGACGUCACAGCGUUUUGGAUCAUACUUGUAUAAUAAACCUACAUAUUUAUGCUCUCUAAAUACAUACAGUCGCAUAUGAAGCACACGCGUAAUAAAUUUGUGAGCAUGUGAGCAUAAAUUAUGGAAUUACAGACACAUACAUAUAUAUAUUUAUAUAUAUACAAGCAUACGUACAUACAGACACACAUUUAGGCUUAAAUACAUAUAUGUGUAUAUAUGUAUAUGUAUUUGUAAAUGGCGCUCAAAAGUUUAAUGUCCAUAAUUCUUACGUGCAGUACCAAGCUGUUCAGUCUACUACAUACUUAUACAUACUCGUACAUCCUAAAUUUCUAUCUGACGGCGGUUUUCUUUCAACAUCUCUUUAAUAUUAAUGUUGCUUCGUAAAUUCUUUUGAAUUUGAAUUAAUAUCUCUCUUUUUGGAAGGCGUUUUGACAGCGAAAACCAACCGGUGGAUCCGACACUGGAGUGAACCUUUCACUUUUCACGAAUUUGUAUAGUUUUUAAUUGACGCAAAUAGUUGAUUUACUUUAACGUUUGAAGUUUUGGUAAUGAAGCACAUGACAGGCCAAAAGCAGUCAAGCAUACAUAAUAUACCUUUAUGAAGCUUUAGUGUAAGUCAUAAGUUGAUAACCAAAGAGGCUUCAGCAAUAUUUUUAUACCAUAAAAAUUAUAUAUUAAGUUUACCACGAGGUCUGUAACACCCAAAAGGAAACUUCAGAGAUGCUAUAAAGUAUACAUAUACAUACUAGUAGGUAUGCAUAUAAAUGAUCAGCGUGACGAGCUUAGUCGAUUUAGCCAUUUUCGACCGCCGGUAUCGGACAAGUAUAGCUACAGCUGCCAUACUAACUGAUCGAUCAAACCCAAGAUAAAGACAUUUUUAUGCCCGUUUAUGUUAUCCAAAAUACAUUUGAAGUUAACAUUUUUCUUUUUUUAUGUUAAGCUUAUUUAUUUUAUAUUUGAAAGUUUUAUUCUAAGCACGGCGUAGCUGUGUGGGUCAAUGUCAUUUGCUGCAUAUCCUAAAAUGUAAACAAUAAUACAUAUUGAAACCAUUAUAUAUACAUACACUUAUAGAUAUAGAUUAAAAAAAUUACAGUAUUUUGUGUUAUAUACUUUUUAGUUGUAUACUACGUUGUAAGUAACUUUGUAAAGUUUUAAUGCCAAAAAGCUUCAUUCCCUGUAAAUAUGUAUACAACUGCUAACAUAUAUACAUACAUACAUAUGUAGGUAUGUAGAAAGUCAUGUAGUGAUUAAAAAUAAUCUGUAUAUCUUUGACUUCAAACAAUUUGAAAUUUCAUACUUCAUACAAAUACUGUUUUCAGUGAUGGCUGCUUUGGACAAGAAGCUCUUUAUAAUUCAAAGUGUAGUUUUGAAAAUCCCGCUACUUCAAUGACGACUGCUUUGAAUAAGGUGUUCUUGACGAUUCAAAGCUUAAUUCUGUAAAUACUUCUAUUUCAGUGAAGUAUGCUCUGGAUUAAAAGUUUUUUACAAUUUAAAGCUUGGUUCGCAAGUUUGAAGCAGGGCGAGUCUUAGAAGUAUGCUUAAAAAGCCGUCAUAAUUACCAUAAAAAGUUACAUAUUUUUCUUAAAUAACUAAAAGCAACCAUCAAUCCGAAGCUGAAAGCCGCCAAACAAAUGAAAAAAAGAACACUUCGAUAAACAAAAAUUGCGAAGAAAGAAAUUGCGUACAAGAAAGAGAAAUUAAAAAUAAUAUUAUAUAGAGCACUCAUAGUUGUCUUUCUCUCAAAUACUCUGCUAGAUGUAAAUUAUAGUAAAAUAUUUACAUGGUUUAAAUAUGUGCAUACUUGUAUGUAAAACCAUAAAUAAAUACAUACAUAUGUACACACACAUAUAUACACAAGUAAAUAAUAGAGUAAAAUCUUUGCGUACAUCCGCAGACUACAUAUGAACAGAUGUAUUUAAUAAGGAUAGAAAAUUAUUAUUAUAUAUUUUACUUAUAUAUACUAACUAUAUUUAAGCAACCCGGAGCUACAUAAAUAAUGUAAGAAAUGUGUAAAUCAACCAGACGCUUUCAUGAGUUAAUUGAAAAGUGAAAACCCUGUAUGUGACUUAAUUUAAGAAUAUGUAUUUACUUGUGUUUAUAUGCUUGACACCGCAUAAAAGCAUGGAUAUCUAUGUACACACACACACACACACAUACCCAUACACAUUUGCAAUGUAUGAACAUUCAAAAAAGUGAAUAAAAAGAUUAAUUCAAUAACUAAAAGCGAGUAGCUGCAAAAAAGGAAACCAAACACACACACAUAAUAUAUUAUAUAAAUGAGUAAAUAAUAUAAUAAACUUAAAAAAAAACAA